UGAUGUAAUGUUUGAUUAAUCAUAUUUGAGUAACUGAGUAUCACUUCCAUGACAGCUAAAAGAAUAUACUCCAUAAAUAGUAAAUUGUACUGCUACAAAAGCCAAAGGGGAAGUCGCUUUGGUGGGGCAUCAUGCAUUAAUACUGAGAGAGCGAGGGAGCAAAUGAGCAAGAGAGAGAGAAAGGAAGUUUGUCUUCCUCUCUCAUCACUGGUGGAUCUCACACUUCACCUCUACAACAACCAAGUGAUCAAACAUGGCGGAAAUGUAAAAGCUUUACCAGUGGUGAUAGAGGACACCUCUUCUGUUCCAGUAAGAUGUUGAGUCCAUCGAGUUCAGCCCAGAAGAACCUCGGUGAAGAGGACAGCUCUGGAUCUGAUGCAGGGUCAGAGGUUGGUCUGGAACCUGAGACGGACCGAUUUGGCUUCAUUGUGACCAAUGGAUCCACAGCUGGGAGUGUGGGCCCACCACCUGAGCUGGUCAGGCAGAGGGAGGCCAAAUGGAUAAACAUCAUUGGCCAAUGGGAUCGCAUCUUGUUGAAGAAGACCAGUAAGGUCAAAGUGCAGUGUCAGAAAGGCAUCCCAGCCUCACUCAGAGCGAAGUGCUGGCCUCUGCUGUGUGGAGCGACUGACAGGAUGAAACAAAAUGAAAACCUCUACCAGUCUCUAGACUCACAGCCCACUCUGCAGAGCUGGGUGGAUGUGAUCGAGAGAGACCUGGACCGACAGUUCCCUUUCCAUGAAAUGUUUCUUUCCAAGGAUGGACAUGGGCAGCGUGGUUUGUUUCGGGUGUUGAAAGCCUACACUCAGUACCAACCAGAAGAGGGUUACUGCCAGGCACAGGGGCCUGUGACUGCAGUGCUGCUGAUGAACAUGCCUGCUGAGGAGGCCUUCUGGUGUCUGGUGCAGAUCAGUGAGCAGUACCUGCCCGGAUACUAUAGCCCUCUGCUGGAGGGAGUCCUGUUUGACGCAGCCAUGCUAUCCUGGGUCUUGAAAAGGACGUGUCCAGCUGCACACAAACACCUGCAGCACCACGAAGUGGAGCCCCUCAUGUUCGCCACUGACUGGCUGAUGUGUCUCUUCACACGUCACCUGCCCUUCAACACACUGCUCAGAGUCUGGGACCUCUUUUUCUGCUAUGGGGUACGGGUGCUGCUCCAGGUAGCGGUGGUGCUGGUGCGUCGGGUACUGGGCCGGGCUGAGCAGAGGAAGCAGUGUCAGGGUCAGAUGGAGACUCUGGAGAGGCUGAGGGGCGUCAGGGAGCAGGUGCAAGAGGAAGACGACACCUUCAUAGCAGAGGUGUGUUCGGUGCAGCUGUCAGCCAGAGAUCUGGAGAAGCAGACGGAGAAGGAGUUAGUAAAGUGGAGGAAAGACAGACCUUCAUCCACGUUUGACCCCCGACGUCGCUGCCAGGGAUACCGGAUGGCAUGGGCAAGGGCUCGGCAGAGAGAGGAGGAACGUGACAGGAAAGAGAGAGAGAAAGGAAACCUGUCCGUCCCUCUCGCUCGCUCGGCCUCCACCCUCUCGCUGUCCCCCUCCCUCCUUCACAAGAGGUGGAGGAAAGGGGGAAAGGUUAACACAAACGAAUGGGAAGGCGGCGGCAAAGUUGUAAGGCAUCUCUCAAUGGGAGCAAAGGAGGACUGGAGGAGCUGGGCAGAGUUGGAUUUUAAGAAGGUGCAGGGCGUUCAGGAAGAGGAGGACGUUGUUUCAGAGGAGCAUAAAAAACAGCCAAAACUAACAGGACAAACAGAAAAGAAAGAAUUUUUAGAAGGACCUAAAGAGAUAGAAAAAAUCCAAACCAUACCAACAGAGCAGGUUGAAGAAACAGUCAUAGUAAAAGAACAGAUUGAACAAGUGCAAAAGAGAGUCACUGAAAAGGAGAAAAGCCAUCUCAAAGAGACAGAUGAAGGCAAAAUGCUUUCUGAGCAGACAGAAGAAACAAAUAUGGACGCGGAACCAACCCAAUAUCCAGACAAAGAUCAGACUGUUGAAAAUAUUCCUCAGCCCAUUGAGGAAACCGCUGACCACAAACAGAGAGAGGAGCUGAACUCCUGCAGCCAGUCACAAGUCCUGGAACAGCAGAGUCACCAAAGCGAGGACCAGGAAAUUAAGGACAAAGAGACAAAUACAGAGACGGAAAAACAAGUGUCAGAAAGUGAACAUUCAGCUGCUGUGGAGGAAAAUCAGACUGAGACACAGUCACAAGUCCUGGAACAGCAGAGUCACCAAAGCGAGGACCAGGAAAUUAAGGACAAAGAGACAAAUACAGAGACGGAAAAACAAGUGUCAGAAAGUGAACAUUCAGCUGCUGUGGAGGAAAAUCAGACUGAGACACAGUCACAAGUCCUGGAACAGCAGAGUCACCAAAGCGAGGACCAGGAAAUUAAGGACAAAGAGACAAAUACAGAGACGGAAAAACAAGUGUCAGAAAGUGAACAUUCAGCUGCUGUGGAGGAAAAUCAGACUGAGACACAGUCACAAGUCCUGGAACAGCAGAGUCACCAAAGCGAGGACCAGGUAAUUGAGGAGAAAGAGACAAAUACAGAGACGGCAAAACAAGAGGCGGAAAGUGAACAUUCAGCUGCUGUGGAGGAAAAUCAGACUGAGACACAGAAAGAUGCCGUUGCAGGUACAAACACAGCGCUGAAGAUGGAAGUAGGUGUACACACAAACAAGGAACUGACAAUUCUGGCUGAUGUGAAACCAGAGGAGAGCACAGAAACUGAAAGUGUGCAAAGGAUGCAGGUGGACACGGUCACAGAAGUCUCUGAAACAACCACUGAGGCAAGCCCAGGCUCAGAGACGGACAGUGUCGUCAUAGCUCCACCUGUCACAGAUCCUACAGCAGAGACGGAGGCACAAGAGCAACAGCAACAAGUGAUCCCUGAGAGAGAAGAAAGCUCACAGGGAGAAGAAUUUGAAGGAAAAUGCCACAGCACUGAGUCAUUAGCAGAAACAGACAUGAAAGAAGAGUCCCACACCCAUACAGAGACAGAAACUGAUGUGCUGGCACAGGCUCAAGCACAGGCAGAGGAAAAUGCAGCCACACAGGACAAAUUGGAGGCUGAAAUAGUACAAAUAGAUUCAAAACAGCACAUAGAUUUAAAGACAGAAGCCGAAACACUGUGUUCACCUCAAUCUAUUCAACCACAAGAAGGCACUGACUUAGCAGCAGAUACAGAGACUGAAGCAGAAGUAUCAGUUGCAAACGACGUAGCGAAAGAGUCAAGUGAAGCUUUUGCACAAUGUCCAGAGGAGCAGCGUGACGCAGCAGCACCUCAACCUACACAGGAAGUAGGAGAAAUUAUUUUGACAACACGCUCAGUGGCACAGGUUGACAAUGAUCAAACAGCAACAGAAACUCAGCUGAAUGAGGAAACUCAUUCUGACUCAAUAGCACCUCCACAGAAAGAGGGGACUUCAUCACAGGCUGAGGCAAUGAAUCUCACCACCGAGCCUGAUGGGAAGGCGAGUUCAGUAGAAACAACUACCUCUGGGGAACCUGAAGAAACAAAGGUCACAGUGGGCGCCGCGGAGGUGGAAGAAAGCACAGAAAAUGUUGAAGAAAACAAAGUAGGAGAGGACGACGUCUUCAUUUCUACUGAACCAACAGACUCUGCAAAUACUGACAACAACCCACAAGUCCAAGAGAGAGAUUCUCACCAGACUGAGCCGAGUAACAGCGGCCAGACACAACCGUCUGGGCGACGCAGCAGCCGGUCUUCUGGGGAUUUCUGCGUCCGCAAGUCAUCCAGCUCCCGUGGGUCCAGGUUAGGGCGUAGGCUCUCUGAAGAUCUCUUCACCAUGCCACAGAAGACUAGCCAGUCACAAGCUAUCCCUAAUCAGCCAGAAGUUGAAGCACAGUCCAGUCCUGGAGCUGUAAACCCAAACCUAACUCCACCUGAAGUCACCUCAUUAUUGUCUGCAGAGGUGACCGAGAGGACAGCGGUACAGCAGCAGCAGCAGCCACCGCCUGACCCCCCUAAACGUUUUGGUCUCUUUCGUAGACUGAGAGGAGAGCAGCCCAAAAAGGCCAAGGGGACACCCAAAAUGCAAGUCCCCAAAAUCUUGAUUCAGGACUUCAGUGACGGAACAGAGACGGGAAAACCAGUUGAGGAGGAAGGGGGGGAGAAAGUGAGCUCGAGGGAAAGGAGGAGGCGGCGGAGGGAGCAAGAGAGAAGGCAGAAAGAAGAGGAGAGGUUGAGAAAGAAGAGAGAGAAAGAGGAGGAAAAGGAAAAGGAGCGAGAGAGGAGGAAACCGCAGACAAGGGGAAAAAGUUUCCAGGUGCAAAGAGAUACAGGGAGCAGUGAUGCGCCUGAACCUGCAAAGACUGGAUCACAGACGCUUAGAUAUUCUGCUUCUUGUGCUGAAUCUUAUUUUUGACAAAAACAAAUCUUUUUUAAAUCAGAUGUGAGUGGAGGGGGGAGGAGGGAAGAGGUGUUUUAAAAAGAAUCCUGUCUCGUUAUCCUUUCUGUUCAGGCUUCACGUUGGUUGAUGUCCCUCAUCCUAAAUCUUUUUCAUACUUGAACAUUUUGACAUGUAAAUAAAUAAUAAAUGUUUACAUACCUUGAAAAAAA